AUGAAGCACAUCAACACGGUAAUUACCGAUCUUUCAGUCACUUUCUGCUCUUCACCUGGCGCCCUUGCCAAAUGUUCCCUGAAGCAACAAACAUGGAAUCGCAUCGACAAGGAUCUUUACCUUCACGCUAGCGAACAGAACGCCUGGAUAUACCUAGAAGAAACAAAUGAGGCUGACAUCACCAAUGACAGUCUGGUCAUCACGGAUAUCCAUGUUGGCCAAGCAAAGCCCGAUGGUGGCCUCGAAGACAAUUGGGAGCAUCGAACGUGCGGCAUUUGGGUCCUCAGAACUUCUUAUUCCGAUGAUGGUUUUCGGAUUCUGACAGCCAUUGACGUGCUUUUCGGCACGGAUGCGGUCGAACCACGACCAGGCUGGAUGCUUCUGCCCACAUCUCUCCAGCUUGAGGAUCAGCCAGAUGUUCCUGCACCAAGGCUCUCUGUGCGAUUUGGUCGGCCAAAAUCCCGGCCAGAUGACGCAAGCACGCCGUUGAGUGUCAACGGGGACGGAACCUUCAAGAUUGUCCAGAUUUCUGAUACGCAUAUGGUCACCGGCCCCGGUGUUUGCAACGAUGCUAUUGAUGCAGACGGUCAACCUUUGCCUAGCAUGGAGGCUGAUCCGCACACGGUCGAGUUCCUCGGCGCAAUUUUGGACCUUGAGAAGCCUAACCUUGUCAUUCUCAGUGGAGAUCAAGUCCACCACGAUGUUCCCGACACCCAGUCCCCCCUCUUCAAGGUCGUGUCACCUUUGAUCAGUCGCUCGAUUCCUUUUGCGGCUGUUUUUGGCAACCAUGAUGACGAGGGCACCCACGCAUUAUCACGGAAAAAACAAAUGUCGAUAUUGCAAGAUCUUCCAUUCUGUCUCGCACAACCAGGUCCCGAGUCUAUUGAUGGCGUCGGGAAUUACCAUCUCCAGGUUUUCUCCCAUGACAAAAGUGAAGUUCCAGUAGCAACAUUGUUCUUUCUCGACUCACAUGGACAAAUCUCCAGCAAAAUCAAGAAUCCCGACUACGACCCAAUCCAGCAGAGCCAAAUUAAUUGGUUCACCUCCAUUUCGCAAGAUCUGAGAAAGAGCCGUAUCGCAGAGGAUGGAGGAGACUUUCCUCAUCUUUCUCUGGCUUUCAUGCAUAUCCCUUUUCCUGAAUACGCAAGAAAUGAGCUCUUGAUCAGUGGCGGCAAGCGGAGAGAACCAACCGAGGGCCCAAGCUCCAACACCCAUUUCUACGAUGCCUUGGUACAGGAAGAGGUGGCCGCGGUGGGCUGUGGACACGACCAUGUCAACGACUUUUGCGCAUUGUUGCCAGAUACCCAACAAGGCCUGUCGGCUGAAAACGGCGACCAAUCCGGAAAGCUUGGCCCUUGGCUAUGUUACAAUGGUGGGAGCGGAUUCGGGGGUUAUUGUUCCUACGACGAGAAUCGAUACUACAGACGGACACGCGUUUGGGAAAUCGACACGAAAAAAAACGACUUGAAGACCUGGAAGCGUAUCGAGUACUCCAAUGAUCGAUUUGAGGAACUCAUCCUCGUAGAGGGCGGCCGCAUCAUUGCUCCUUCGACCAAACCUGACGUCGGACAUACAUGUAUAAGUCUGUAG